AUUUUAUUUGGUUCAGAUGGAAGAAAGGGAACCGAAGGUUAUAGAUAAAGGAGAGAAAGAGAGAAGGGAAGAAGGCUUUGAAAAAGAAGGAGGGAGUAAAGAUACUUUAUGUGAAGAGGAGAAGCAAAGAACUGGGUGUGACUCUGCUCAAGGUUGUAAGAGAAGUUCAUCCAAGGGUGAAGGAGAUGAAGGAGAUUAUGGUUGCUCAAUUUGUAUUACAAGCUUUGAUGAAAAUGAUACAAAAGCGAUCCCUCUUUUGAAGAAAAAGCUGAAGAGUUCUCAUAAAGAACAAAGCAACAUUGUUGAUGCUGGAUCCACUGGAUCAUCUUGUUCUGAAGAUAUAGUCAUAUUGUACUUUGAUCACUUAGACUUCAAAAUGAACUUGCCUUCAGAGAUACUCAAAGAUAUCAUUGGAGUUGUCAGACAAAGAGAUAUAGAAGACAACUUGGAAGAGAUUUUGGUAAACUUUGAAACCAACGGAGUUUCAAUCCUCUUCAAUUGAAGUCACAUUUUCCAUAAGCACUGCAUCAAAGACUGGAUUAAAGGACAUAACACUUGUCCAGUCUGAAGAAAAACUAUUUAUCAGAAGGAAAAUGUAUAUCAAUAUUUUGAUGAGCCGGAUUAUGACAAUAAUCAAAUUGAUUUACUCAGAGACAUUGAGGAUGGUUCAAGUUAUAGUAGUUUAUCAGAUGAUGAUGAAGAUGAACCAAUUGGCGAUUUGAUGAAUAUACCACUUAUUAGUCCCAAUCAUAGUUAUCAAAAUCUCAUCACGACUGAGAAUGAGUCUCACAAUUCAGAUAAUGAAGACAUACUUGCAAAUUAUCCGUACUGUGACUCACCUGUUGCUUGGAAAAGAAAUCCCUCUGGAAGCUCAUUCCCUUUCAUUUUUUAGGGAAUAGUUAUUGUAGAAGAGAGUUUCUUUAAGUAAUUUCUAAUUGC